CUUUCCCUCUCGGGCUGCGCGACAUGGCGGACAACCAGACUGAGCGAGCUUACCAGAAGCAGCCAACUAUCUUCCAGAAUAAGAAGCGAGCGCUUCUGGGAGAGGGUGGCAAAGAAAAACUUCCCCGAUAUUACAGGAAUGUAGGUCUGGGCUUCAAAACUCCUCGAGAGGCCAUCGAUGGAACCUACAUUGAUAAGAAGUGUCCGUUCACAGGCAACGUGUCCAUCCGAGGGCGAAUUCUGACAGGUGUGGUGACCAAGAUGAAGAUGCAGCGUACCAUAGUGAUCCGCAGGGACUACCUGCACUACAUCAGGAAGUACAACCGCUUUGAGAAGCGCCACAAGAACAUGUCUGUCCACCUCUCCCCCUGCUUCAGAGACGUGCAAAGUGGCGACAGUGUGACUGUGGGUGAAUGCCGGCCUCUGAGCAAAACCGUGCGUUUCAACGUACUGAAGGUCACCAAAGCCGCUGGAGCCAAGAAACAAUUCCAGAAAUUUUAAACUCUCAGGUGGAGACUGUCUGCCCUGGAGGAUAUCGCCAUCACAUCACAAUAAAAGGUUUAUAAGAAGGUU